GCAUAGCAGAGAUAAACAGUGGUCGAGGAAACACGAGUUUAUGAUUUUCUGAGAAAAAAAAUUGUCCUCUUUAAACAUUCACGCAAACAUUCCGUUCUUUGCCGCCCAUACUGCUCUGACGUGGACUGGGUGUUAUGCCGGUGCAUCGUGAUCGUGAGAAGAAGGAGAGUACAGCUGAGGAGAUGGAGGUGGAGGAGCAGGAGCACGAAGCAUCCAGCACCGAAGAGGAGGAUUCUGAAACCUCCUCUGUUUCUGAGGAUGGAGACAGUUCUGAGAUGGAUGAGGAGGACUGUGAGCGGAGGAGAAUGGAGUGUCUGGACGAAAUGUCYACCCUGGAGAAACAGUUUAACGACCUCAAAGACCAAUUGUAUCGAGAGCGGCUCAGUCAGGUGAACAGCAAGCUGUCAGAAGUGGAGGCUGGACGAGCUGCAGAAUAUCUCGAGCCUCUAGCGGUGCUGCUGGAGAACAUGCAGGUCCGCACCAAGGUGGCAGGUAUCUACAGGGAGUUGUGUCUGGAGUCUGUUAAGAACAAGUAUGAUUGUGAAAUCCAGGCUGCAUGCCAACACUGGGAGAGCGAGAAACUGCUGCUGUUUGAUACAGUGCAGAGCGAACUGGAGGAGAAGAUUAGGAGACUGGAGGAAGACAGACACAGCAUAGACAUCACAUCCGAGCUGUGGAGUGAUGAGAUAACGGGGAGGAGGAAAAAACGUGAUGCUUUAAGUCCAGAUAAGAAGAGGAGACGACCUUCUGUGGUGUCUGGUCCAUAUAUUGUCUAUAUGCUACCAGAUCUAGACAUUCUGGAGGAUUGGACAGCCAUCAGAAAGGCUGUGGCCACGCUGGGUCCCAACAGAGCGAGAUCCGACUCUGACAGCUGCUUGUUUCCAUUCAGGUCCGUGGACAGAAACAGGCCAAUUCUCAACUGCUGAGACACACGGGGUUAAAAAAGACAACCCUCGAGGACCUCAAACACACACACAUGAACGUUUCUCUUCAUCUCUUACAUACCUCUAUAUCUGACAGUGAUCAAAACUCUGCCUUACUUURGACACCAGCUGGUUAACUGGUCGUCUCGCACAUCAAGAACUUUUCCAGCAUUAUUGAUUCCUUCAGGUUCAUUCUGCUGCUUCAGGUUAGACUCAGGCUUAUUGAAUGCAGGUUUUUUUGUGGUUUAAAAAUAAAACAUCUUCUUUCUUCCA